AUGAAAUCAUGGCAAAAUCGAAUCGAUGAUGCCUGCAACUUCGACGACGGCGUAGAAGUGAGAUUGAACCCGAACCCAACGACGUUAUUUCCACCUUGCGCGCGUGAAAAUCUGGGCUUUUACGAUGAUGCGGUCGAAGAAAUUGAAAAUAUUAACUUCCAGUCCGGCAAGCUCAACGCCGACAGCCACAUGGGUUAUUUGCAAAUGACUUCUUCCGAAGAGGACGAUCCGAAUGAUACAAGCGUGGGAUCGAACUCAAGUGCAUCGAAAAAACACCGAAAAGAUGAAGUUCCGCCUCCAAUCAAUGUUCAGGAAGUUUGGAUGACGAACACCUUCCCUUCUCAACAUGUCGGCACACAAGAGAGCAUAGGCGAUUUUGAUUUGAUUUAA